CAGUCUUUAUUCUCUAUCUGUCGAUUGAAGGCGUUUGUGUGUCAUAGUUUAUUAGGCUGUUGUGCUCGAGGCGUCACUCUGUAUCAUGUAUUAGCUGCGGCGUUUAACAGCUAUUUAUUGGUGUUAAUGUACGAUCGUAAAAAAAGUUUGACGCGUAAUUUGUGAUCUGAGGAAUUUGAGCCUGUUCAAGCAAACAUUAUCCGAUUCGCACACAGUAUGGGUGUAUCAGAGGCAGGUUGUUCUACCAGCUCUGAGCUGUCUAUCAUCGAGGCAGAGCGACCUGCGUCAGGCAGUGGUGAAGAAGAAGAUAUACCUCGCAGGAAGCAACGACGAUACAGAACUACAUUCACUAGUUACCAAUUAGAUGAGCUGGAGAAAGCUUUUGGAAGGACUCAUUACCCUGAUGUGUUUUCAAGAGAAGAACUUGCAUUGAAAAUAGGACUGACUGAAGCCAGAAUCCAGGUGUGGUUCCAAAACCGUCGCGCGAAAUGGCGUAAGCAAGAGAAGGUUGGUCCUCACGCACAUCCUUACGGCGGCUACUUGGGCGGCCCGCAUGCGCAGCCUCUGCCCACCUCCGCAUCUCUACCACAGCCACACACCGCACACCCGUUGGCACACCUCGGCUUCGGUUUGAGGAAACCAUUUGACAGCGCACUGGCUUCUUUCAGGUACGCAAGCAAUCCUCUGUUUGGCACCCAGUAUCUACCACCGUUAUCGCGACCGCCGUUAUUCGGUGCCCCGCUAUACGCUACCUCGCCCGCUCACUUCCACUCGCUCUUCGCUAAUCUAACCGCACCCGAACCGCGACUCUCGCCCGAACACUCUAGACUAUCCCCGGAGGCAACCCGCUCUCCCGCACCAUCCAUUUCUCCGCCAAUAUCACCCGGGAGUGAAACACUGCCUCCACACGCGGCAGUGGACGACGUGCGAAGUUCUAGUAUCGCUGCAUUAAGGCUCGCGGCAAGGGAACACGAGAUAAGAUUGGAACUAUUGCGGCAGAGAGCCGAUCUGAUUUGUUGAACAGCUACCGUAAUCUUGUAUUGAUUUGAAUUACGUAAAGGCUAGUGGUCCGAUGACUAAGGUAGUAUUUCUUGAAACCGAUGCACAAUAUUAUUAAAUCAAUUUAUAUUUUAUAGAUAUAUUUAAUUGCAUAAUCUGAAUUAUUUAAAAAAGAAUCGCUAAGGUGAAAACAAAUUGUAAAUUUUUCUGAAAGAUCUUUGGGCCAGAAUGUAACUCUAUCAUAUAAACUAACCUAAAAAAGUAAAUUGCUUAAAUUGAUUGUUAAAAAUUCAUUUUUUUAUGCUUUAUUUCGUAAGACAUAUUGUAUAAGAAUCAUAAAUUUACCUAACAUUAUAUAAUUAUUUGUUGUGGACCGUAUUGUACAUUUAUCACUAUGCAGUAUUUGUUUUAUAUUAUUUGUUAAGG